UGACACCAACACCAACACCCACAGCCCCAGCCCCCUGAAAGAUCUGCUAUCUGAGUGUUGGUUGGGUUUUGCACUUCCCGGGACCUGGGUCCAGGCAAACGUAGGGUCAGAGGCACUGAGGGAUUUGUAAACUUGUGAUCAAGAUCACCAAGAUCGGUUCCUGGGUCUACUUUUUACUGUUUGGUAUUUAUAGGUCUGUCCCCCCUGCCAGGAUUACAACAAAAACCCGUCAUGCCUCUGGGAACACCUGCUCCUCUAACCAAGCGGAAAAAGCCCUCCAAGAUCAUAACUGACCUAUCACAUAUCGCUCAGGAUGAAUAUGAAUCGGAGCCAGAGGCAUCGGAAUUUGACCUGGGAACAAAGAUCAGGACUCCCAAAGACAUCAUGCUGGAGGAGCUUUCCCUGUUGAAGAACCGAGGCUCCAAGAUGUUCAAGAUGAGACAGCAGAGAGUGGAGAAAUUCAUCUAUGAGAACAACCCUGACGUCUUCAGCAGUGAAUCGAUGGACAACCUCCAGAAGUUUGUUCCCUCCCUGGGAGGUCAAAUGGGAGGUCAAAUGAUAAACCUCGGUGGGCAUUUUGUUAGCAAGGAGGCUGGACGUUUGAAUUUUAUAGGGCUACAAACAGGAGGACUGGCCCCUGUGCCUCCUCCAAAGCCUGGAAGCAAAGGGGCAGGAAGAGCGGGAGGUGCGGGAGGAGCAGGAAGUGCAGGAGGAGCUGGUGUGGGUGAGCAAGAUGGAAAAGGAGAAGGUGGUAGUGAGUGGUCUCCACUUAAAGGAGGAGGAAAAGAUGGCGGAACUAAGAAGCAAACUUAUGUGAAAACCUAUGUGUCACCAUGGGAGAAGGCCAUGAAGGGUGAUGAGGGUCUGUUAGCCACCCUAAAAACUGAAAUGCCAUAUCCCAUUUCCACAAAGGAUCUGCCCAAGUACAAGUGUUUCAACAGGAGUGCCAUGCCCUAUGGUGGCUUUGAAAAGGCCAAUCAGUUUCUGAAAUUUCAGCUGCCAGAAGCUGAGCCGACCAAACAGGAGCCUGAACCUGCGGUGGUGUACCAUCAUGACAUUAGCUGCCGGCCUUCCUUCAACCGCACUCCUAUUGGCUGGGUGGGCAGCAGCGAGCCCAGCAGCAUUCACAUGGAGACCGAUGCUGUGCCCUUCGAUGGAGAGACUGAUGAGCUGUGAAAGCAUAGUCAUACUGUGAUCACUGUGCACAUACUCACAUGCAAGCAUGACUGCAUGCAUACACAAUAGCAUGCACACACAAUAGAUGACCUUACAAUUAACUAUUACACUGAUGAAUUUGAAUUUCUCAGCAUGGACAACUGAAAGUGUACAUGAAACAAGAUCAUGUUCUUAACAUGCUCUGUAUUUGGUUGUAAAGAGACAAGCUUUAGUUGUUACAGAGAAAUGAAACAUCAAAUGUUUAUUUGUUAAGUUCAUAAGUUGAGCCAAGCAGUCCUUUAAUUUGUCUGAAAGUUUGUUGUAGGUGACAAAUUGCAGAUUGUGUCAUUGAGGAAAGAAUGAAUCAUAUAUGAUGGAUAGAUGAUGGAUGCUGAGUAACUAUUGUGCAGGCUGUCUGAAUGCCAACUUGUUACCAUACCUGUUAAAUCCCAAGAUUGCCUUUUUUGUUGUUAUGAAUGUUUGAUAAUUUGCUGAGCUUUAAAAACCUAUAAACCUGUGUAACACAACAUGCAUGCAGUUGCUGAUCCCUUAACCAAACAAAACAACACAGUUUCUCCACAAUAAACUGUA